UCCCCGACGAUACAUCGAUCGCGCGCUUAAUCGCAAAAUUGCGUUUGAUGGUAUGUACAUCGCGAGGAAAGAGCGCUAAAAAUGUACGAACGUUGUCGGGAAGGGCGAAAACGCCAAGCGGCGUGGGAUCGGGAGUGAAAAAGAAAAAUUCGCGUUUUUUUGGGAUAUGUAUAAAUUUGUUCUUGAUUAGAGCAACGCGAUAGAUAAUCAUCCGCGAUUAAUCGCAAUCGAAGAAUUUGGAUUUUGAAACACGGAUACUGAUGAUUCACAUAAAUGAACAAUUGAACGCGAAGAAAGGCGUGAAAGUCGGAUGGGAAUCACGUUGCGGCUUUUUGCAAAAUCAGUUGUCAUUGUUUUUAAACAAUUAUUACGGGAAUAAAAACAAAGACUGAAAAAUAUAAUAAUAUAAUUGACACAAAGCCGCGCUUGUGGCACUUGUAAUCAUUCCAGAUCGCACAACACGUAUGCUUGAGUGAUAGAAAAAAAUCUCCGUGUGUGUGAAUAUUGACCUCCAGACUAGAUCUUUUUCACGUCAUUUCUUACUGUAGCGCGAGAUCCCGAAGAAAGUAUUCACGAAACAUUUGUACUAUCGUAGUGCGCUACCUCGAAGAAAGACACAGAUGUGUUUGCUUAGAAACUUGCUACAUCACAAUAAAUCAUCGAUAUCACUUUUAUAUACGAGAUCGAACAAAUCCGCGAUCGCUUGUCCCGGCAAUUCGCGACAUAUCACAAUAUAUUGGGACCAAUGCGAAAUGCUGUUGACAAAACCGCCUGGUACAAGCCUGGUACAAGCGACGUAAAAAAAAAAAAAAAAAGCCUUAACUGUGUUAGAACCUACCUACGAGAGUACGUAGCUCGAUAUAAUUUUCGACAUGAGCAUUACAUCUUUAGUAUAGAAAGAGAGCGAUCGAUACUGUCGUAAAGAACAGGUGGACUACUCAAAGAUGGCAGAAGACCUCUUAUAUUUACUUUCUUGAGUGUGCGAUGUCGAGCGGAGGCAAUUUUGUGCCGCCGAUCAGCAGCGACCUUGAAGCAUGUCACUUGACGAACACGCGACAACAGUUCGGAAAACAGAAGAGGAAGCUUCGCCGUAACAAAGCCAACUUCGCUGAAUAAAAAAAAAAAAAAAAAGUCUGUUAUAGGAUAUAUAUAACAAGUGUGGAAGUAGCGACAAGCGGCGAUAAAAUGCCGAAAGGAAGUCCGGGAAAGGACAGCGAGAACAUCCAACUGGAACCUCUCGCUAGAACCCCCAAGCACGUCGAAUCCGCCGAUUCCACGGAAGCGGACGCGAAAGCUCCGCUAAGACGCGGGAGAAAGACGUGCGAUUCAGAAGAUAGCAACGCGGGAUUGCACAGGCGUAAUUUUUACGAGCGCGCAAAUGAGGUCGUUAGGUGUUCCGAGAGAAAGACUUACAUUGUGCUUUGCAUCUGUUGCCUGGUACUUCUCAUUACGUCACUCAUCAUAGCUCUUGCGCCUUUGCGAAAUGGCUGUGAUUGUACUGAGGAAUUAUCCAACAGAACGGUGGACGAUGAAGAGGAUGAUCUUCCGCGGAUGGACAAUGGAGAAAUGUUUCCAUGGGAUAACAUCAGGUUACCCACGUUCGCACAUCCUACUAGGUACAAUCUCACCAUACAUCCCAAUCUUACCACUUUAGAUUUUAGAGGACGAGUCACGAUCGAAUUCUAUGUCGACGUUGAGACCAACUUUAUCGUCUUCCAUAGUAAAAACUUGACAAUAAAGGAACAGAUAGUCAAAGAUGGAAAUAGUCAAGAAGAACUAAAGAUCGCGAGGUUUAUCGAUUAUCCGAAACGCGAGCAACUCUAUUUGGAAUUGGAGACCACGCUUCGAAAGAAAAACAACUACACGUUAUUUCUGAGUUUCAACUCGACGCUUAUCUCCACCGAACUUAAAGGAUUCUAUAUCAGCAGUUUUGUCAAUGCCAACGGAGAACAGAAAUAUCUGGCCACGACUCUGUUCGAGCCGACUUACGCGCGCAGAGCGUUUCCUUGUUUCGACGAGCCGCAAUUUAAAGCCAAAUUCAAGGUCUCGAUAUACAGGGAUAGAUUUCACAUCGCUUUGUGCAACAUGCCCGUGAUAAAUACCGAAGAAGCUGGAUUUUAUCUGGGAACAAAUCUCUUACGCGAUGAUUUUCAAGAAUCCGUCGAAAUGUCGACGUACCUCGUGGCCUUCGUGGUGUGUGACUACGACAGGAUUUACGAGUUAACCAAGAGAAACACAUCUGUGAGCAUUUACGCCGCGGCAAAUGUAAUUAAUCGAAUGAAAUACGCCGUUAGCACCGCUGCUCGCAUUAUGGACUACUUCGAAUCGUUUUUCGGCAUAUCUUACCCCUUGCCAAAACAAGAUCUUAUAGCAAUUCCCAAUCUUGCUCCACCUACGGAAAACUGGGGCCUAAUCACUUUCCAAGAGCCGCUCCUGCAGUUCGAACCGAAAUACGUGUCCACGGCGAUUCAGGAAAAUAUAGCGAUCACUUUGGCCCACGAACUGGCCCAUCAAUGGUUCGGUAAUCUCGUCACGAUGAGCUGGUGGAACGACAUCUGGCUGAAGGAGGGAGCGGCCAGUUUCCUCGAGUACAAAAGCGUCGAUCACAUUUCGCCCGAUUGGAACAUGAUGGAUCUGUUCAUUCUGCGCAAAACCCAAGUAGCGCUCGAACUCGAUGUUCUGGCCAACAGCCACCCGAUGAGCAUACCGUUUGAAAAUCCCACGGAGAUCAAGAACAUAUACGACGAGAUCACGUGUUUCAAGGGCCCGGCGAUUCUCUACAUGCUCGAGAAGGUUGUGUGCGAGGACGUUUUCAAACACGCGUUAAACGAUUAUCUGAACUCGCACGCGUACGGCAACACGGACAUCAACGAUUUCUGGGAGGUUCUAACUAAGCACGCGAGAAAUUCAACUGAGCCUAACACCGACGUUAACAUAAGAAAAAUAAUGGACACCUGGACGCAACAAACGGGCUAUCCGCUCGUGACCAUCGCACGCGACGGCGAGACCGUCACUGUCACUCAGAAGAGAUUCCUCAUUUCGCCGCAAAAGAGCAGAAUGAACGUUUCGCGUUACAAGUGGUUCGUUCCGUUGAACUGCUACGCGGACAAAGAGCCAGAAAUCAAGGAGGUGUGGAUGAAUAUGACUAAUGCGACUUUCGAGAUGCCGAGCGACGAAUACAUCAAAUGCAACAUCAAUCAAACUGGGUUCUAUCGGGUCAAUUAUCCGGACGAGAUGUGGGACUCGAUCGUCAAGACGCUGAUGACAAAUCACACCAGGUUCAGUCCGGCCGAUCGGGCGAAUCUCAUCGACGACGCGUUUUCGCUAUGCGACGCGGGCGAGCUGAACGUUUCCGUCCCGUUGAAACUCUCGCUUUAUCUGGUCAACGAAAGAGAUUACGUGCCGUGGGCGACCGCGCUUCGAUAUUUGAACUCGUGGAAAAGAAGACUCGGCGAGAGCGAAGCCUAUAAGAAAUACAUCUCAUUCUGGAAGCGAUUGUUGGGUCCGAUUACGAAAUUUGUCGGUUGGAAGGACGAAGGCUCUCACCUGCAUAAAUUUUUAAGAACCGCGAUAUUGGAAUCCGCCAUCGAACUCGGAAUGGAAGAUGUGGUGAAUUCCGCGAAGACUCUCUUUCAGGAACGGAUGUCGAAAAAUAAAUUCGUCGCGCCCAAUCUACGAUAUAUCGUUUACUUGGCAGGUGUCAAAUUCGGCGGGGAGACCGAGUGGCGUAAGUGCUGGCAAUUUUUUCUCAACAUACCGCACGACACGCAAGUCGAGAGCGAGAAGACGGAAUUGCUCCAAGCUCUAGGCGCAACAACGGAUCCCUGGCUGCUUAAGCUUUACCUUCGCAAUUCGAUGAGACAAGAUCUGAUCGCGCAAGCGAAGCUCUCGGCGAAAUCUGUCGACACGAUGAUAACGUCCGUAGGUGCCAACUCCUACGAUCUUGCUUGGCGCCACAUUAAAGCCUACUGGCCCCAGAUAGAGGCUCUGUACGUGAACGAAUCGCUCUCGAUAAACAAUCUCAUAGCCACGAUCGUUCCCAACUUCAUCACCGAGUACGAUUUUCGCGAGGUAGUGGAUUUCUUCAAACAGCACGACGUUCGCAACGGCAAUCGCGUACUACUGCAGAGUCUAGAAAUGGUGAAGUUCAACAUUCACUGGAUAAAAAUGAACGCGAAAGACGUGAACGAUUGGCUCACCGAUUACUUCGAAACGAAGACCGCGAGUUAACCUUCGCUCGUAGAAAACGGAACAGAAGCGAGCCGAUGCGCGUAUUCCGCCGUCGUGCGGCUGAUAAUUCUCUACAUAAUUCUUAUUCACGCGCAAUAUCCUUAAGCAACACGUGAUAUAGCCUACGAAAAGUGAGACCCCAAUAUUUACUUAGGGGAGGGGGAAAAAGAAUCUCAUCCAUCAUCUUAGAUGUAAAAAUCAAAAGCCACCCAUUUCCGUCGUCUCCGUUGGGGGAUCGUUUUCCGCCGCGCGCAAAAAAAAAAAAAAAAAAA